CACUCAGAGAUGCAUUCAGUUUACUUUACGCUCCAAGUAUUGACAAUGUUUUUAGCCAAGUUCUUAUCAGUUUUGCUUAUCGCUUGUGCCCUGGCACAAGCUUUGCCACUGGAUGAUUUUAGCAGUGAAGAUGAUCGCAUUAAUGAAAUCAGCGCCGAACUCGGUCGUAAACUGAUCUUGCCCAACGUUGAUCGUCUUUUCAGCAGUGCCGAGGAUCGGGAGUCAACAAAACAACGCGAAUCCCCAUCGAAUAACAUCAAUAGAAAGUUGACAGAGACCACGAAGAGUUCGAAGCAUGCUCAUGGCAUGAUCACAUCGAUGCUCAGCUUCGUUAGCAGUGUACUUAAUUUUGGCAAGACAAUUAUACGUAAUGAAUAAUAAAGUUAUUUUAAGAAUGUACAAUUAAA